AUGCCAAAUCUGAAACCUGAAGUGCAAACCCUUCCCCUGCCAGCAGACUUCCUUCGAGGCACGCUCCUCCCGCCGCGCCCGCCGAAGCUAACACCCCCUGUGGCAGGCGCCGGGCUCCGCGCCCAGAAGCUGCGCAACUUCGACACCAUUGAGUCCCCGAAUGUUGCCCCAAGCAAGUCCUGUGCACAGAAGGACAUCGAGUUUGCCUACGACAUGGGCCUCGAGAUGUCCACACGGAUGUCCGUGCCGCGUGUAAUGAAGCUGGCCAAGGCCGCCUCAAGGCUUCAGCCCGUCGAGGACCAGGAUGAGACGGAGGAGGAGGCUCCCCAGCAGGCCAAAGAGGAGACCCGGCCAGAAGCUCCCCAGCAGGAGGCUCCUUCCACAAAGCCGGGCGAAGUGGAAGUGGACUGGUCCCUGUACGAGGAGCCCCUCAAGGAACUGGCCAAGGUUUACAAAGAGAUCUACGGCAUCGACCCCUCCGAGUCCACCAUGCACCUGGAAGACGACCCCAGGGACGAGUGGGCUCGUCCACGCAAGCAGCCGGCGACACAGGCUCAAGAGGAGACCCGGGCGGAGGCUCCCAAGCCGGAGGCUAACGAGUCCCAGCCAGAGGCUCCCCAGCAGGAGGCCAAAGAGGAGACCCGGCCAGAAGCUCCCCAGCAGGAGGCUCCUUCCACAAAGCCGGGCGAAGUGGAAGUGGACUGGUCCCUGUACGAGGAGCCCCUCAAGGAACUGGCCAAGGUUUACAAAGAGAUCUACGGCAUCGACCCCUCCGAGUCCACCAUGCACCUGGAAGACGACCCCAGGGACGAGUGGGCUCGUCCACGCAAGCAGCCGGCGACACAGGCUCAAGAGGAGACCCGGGCGGAGGCUCCCAAGCCGGAGGCUAACGACGAGUCCCAGCCAGAGGCUCCCCAGCAGGAGGCCAAAGAGGAGACCCGGCCAGAAGCUCCCCAGCAGGAGGCUCCUUCCACAAAGCCGGGCGAAGUGGAAGUGGACUGGUCCCUGUACGAGGAGCCCCUCAAGGAACUGGCCAAGGUUUACAAAGAGAUCUACGGCAUCGUCGGCCACCCAGCACUCUGCGACAGCACGGGAACUUCCGGGAACUCGCACCCUCCAAAGGUCCUCAACCCCUACAGCGACAUCCCCCAAGCUCGUAGGGCCUCGGGAUCUCGAGUUCGCUUCGCACAGGACCCCUCCGAGUCCACCAUGCACCUGGAAGACGACCCCAGGGCCGGGUCCUCGGUGUAA